GAAUCGCACGCGAGCGCGCACUGCGUGUUUCGAAAUUCUCGAAUUGCCGCGAAAAUGUAUUCCACUGAGGAAAUUGCAGCUUUGGAAUUAUUUUCUUGAACUGUUAUAUAGUCAGGACCUGCCGAAAAAACUUGUUCGAAUUUCCGUGUAGUCAUAUCAACUUUGUUAGUGCAAGUUUUGUCCGGGAGUUGAGUGUGGUUAAAACUAAGGGUGAUAAUUAAAAGUUACAAAGUGACAAAAAGGUUAUUUUUUGCGCUCAAUAAAAAACGUUUUAAGGAAGAGUUUUAAAUUGCAGUUACGAUUUACAUAACUUCUUGCCUGGAGUAUGUGGUAACUCAACUAGUUUCCUAAUGAUGAGCACCCAAGCACCAAGAACAUCCAUCAGCGAGUACUAUCAGGACUGGAAAUAGCUGGACCGAUGAGGGUAGCGAACCAUGAGUGCUUGGUGCUGGAUCGUGAUCAUCAUGGCCACGAUCAGUACCGGUGUGCUCUCGCCGGCGCCUAUCAAGACAGAAGCCAAGGAGCCUUAUGAUCGUCAGUACUGGUACACUCAAGCGCAAGAAACGCUGCAGAAACGACUGCAGUACGCGUCAGAUAAAAAUCCUGUUGCAAAGAACGUGAUCCUGGUGGUUGGGGACGGCAUGAGUCUCACGACGGCGACCGCAGCGAGGAUUCUCAGAGGUCAGAGAAGAGGACAAACUGGGGAAGACACCGAUUUAGCUUGGGAUACCUUCCCUGCUGUUGCUCUUGCUAAGACAUACAACGUGGAUGCGCAGACGGGAGAAUCCUCGGCCUGUGCCACAGCUCUUCUUUGUGGAGUCAAAGCCAGAUACGAAACCCUGGGCUUGGACGCCGGAGGCCGAUUUAACAACUGCGCCUCCGCCAUCAACUCCAAAGUCUCCUCUCUAGUCGACUGGGCGCAUGAAGCUGGUAAAUCCACCGGCAUAGUGACUACGGCUCGCGUCACGCAUGCUACUCCGGCAGCGUUGUACGCGCAUGCGCCGUCGCGGUACUGGGAAGACGACAGCCGAGUACCACCGACUGUGCGCAAGGACUGCAAAGAUAUCGCCAUGCAGUUGGUCGAGAAUGAACCCGGGAAGAAUAUUAAUGUAAUUAUGGGAGGCGGUAGACGACACUUCCUAUCGACUGUGACACCAGACCCUGAGCAUCCGAACCGCCAGGGUCGAAGGUUGGAUGGACGGAACCUGGCGGAAGACUGGGCCAGGGAGAAGAAGCGGCGGCGACUGCGGGCCCAGUACAUCCACACUAGGCAGCAAUUAGCCAAGCUUGAUCCAAGAACUGUGGACUAUUUAUUAGGACUGUUCGAGUAUUCGCACAUGGACUUCAACGCGGAAAGAGGAGCAGUGACCGAUGCAGAUGAAGAGUCAACAGCCGGCGUCACAGUCAAAGCCGACGACCCGUCUCUUGCAGACAUGACGCGCGCUGCGCUAUCCAUCUUGCUGAAAAACGACAAGGGUUUCUUCCUACUUAUCGAAGGUGGUAGAAUAGACCACGCGCAUCAUUACAACAACCCAUAUAGAGCUCUUGACGAGACCUUAGAGUUGGAGACAGCAUUGCUAGCAGCCUUGGAGAGGGUGAAUCCGGCUGAAACCUUGAUCGUAGUCACAGCUGAUCACGGUCAUGUCAUGACUUUUGGUGGACAAGCUACUCCGAGAGGACAUCCAGUUUUGGGCGCCGACACGGUCGUGUCUGAUAUCGACGGGCUUCGGUACACGACUCUUCUGUACGGGACCGGGCCGGGGCACGCUGAGCCGCGAGCGAUUCCGCUUAACGCUACCGCCUCCGCUCCCGUCGUGGUUGACGCGGUGCACGCGGCGGCAGUUCCCAGGCAGUGGGCCACACACGGUGCGGAAGAUGUCCCGAUCUAUGCUUUAGGUCCAAUGGCAACGAUUUUAUUUACUGGAGUGCUGGAGCAGAGCUACAUUCCACACGCGAUCGCUUAUGCUGCUUGCCUGGCCCACCAAUCCAGACGCUGUCAAGAGAAAACCAACUUUACACAGCCCCCGGUAAAGAUACCAAAAUGCGUCCCACCUGAAGUUAGUAGCGUUUCAGCGGCAGAAGAAACGAGAAGCGAAGGCACUAGCGGUCGACGCAUCGUCGUCGCGUCGAGCGUCAUGUCCGAUGAGCGAGCUACACGCUCCUCAGCUUCGCCGCACGCGCACCUCAACAAAAGCUACCUAAUAUCCAACCUACUUAAUUUAGUAGCACAUUUAAGUAUCGUGUGGUUCGUCAUUAAGUAAAUAAUACACACUAGAUGUCAAAGACAUUUUGUACAGGGAAGAUUGUAGAUAAAGGCACUAAUUAUAUUGUAAAUAAAUUGUGAAUGUAAAUAAAAUUAUGAAUUUUA